AGCCGAAUUAGUUUUCUUCGAACCGUCGAAGUUGUAAGAUAUCGUCUGUAAUCAUGGUGCAUAAAUUAGUGCUGGUGGCCGUGUUGGCCCUGGCCGCAGUGACGGUUGCUGAAAAGAAGCCGAUCUCCGUUGCGUCCUUAGUGGAUAAGAUUUUGAAUGCCAACCCGAUGCCCAAUAUCCCCGUAGGGUACAAAUCGGAGAAUUCAAGGACCACCGGACACUUGUUCCGCACUCGUGUCGACCACUUCAAUCCACAAAAAAGGGAUACCUUCCAGUUUGAGUACUUCUCCAAUGACCAAUACUACCGUCCAGGAGGACCAAUCUUCAUAGUUGUAGGCGGAAACUUUCCUGUCUCUCCGUAUUUCCUUGAGCAUGGACACUUCCACGAUAUUGCCUUCUACGAAAAUGCUUGGAUGUUCACCAAUGAGCACCGGUUCUACGGAAACAGUAUGCCAACUGAAGACCUCUCGGUCGAGAAUCUCCGUUACCUGACCGUUGAACAGACAAUGGUAGAUUUGGCUGAAUGGAUCUUCCACCUGCGGCAAAACGUCGUCCGUGAUCAGAAUGCUCGAGUUAUUUUGCUGGGAACCGGCUACUCCGGAGCGAUUGCCACGUGGAUGCGUCAAAGGUAUCCUCAUCUGGUUGAAGGCGCUUGGGUUUCCAGUGGCCAGAUCGAAGCUCGCUUUAACUUCAAGGAAUAUGCCGAGGAAGUCGGAGAACUCAUCCGUGAUUAUGGAUCAAACGAAUGCUACAGUCAAAUCUGGAGAGCCUUCCGUACCGCUGAAAACCUGAUCGACGCUGGAUUGGGCUCAACGGUGUCCGAGCUGUUCAACACCUGUGAACCAAUCGUUACGGAUGACAUCACCAUGUUGGACGUGGAGACUUUCUUCUGGCACGUUAAAACUGCACUGCAGCGGGGAGUUCUGGACGAACAGGAUACCGAUACCACGAACGAACUUUGCGAACGUUUGAACAACAGUACUGAGGCCACAGACCUUCAAACGAUUGCCAACUGGGUUCACGAAUUUUACGAUUUCCUAGACUGCAUGCCUUUCGAUUUUGAUGCUGCAAUCGAUGCUCAUCAAUACGUCGAUCCUAAAGUUCCGGAAAAUGCCGUAUAUGGCCUGCGUCAACGCACCUAUCAACUUUGCACGGAAUUCGGAUGGUUCUUGACUGCAGAUUCACAUGACCAACCUUUCGGCUACCGCGUCAGCAUGUACUUCUUCUUGAACGUCUGUAGAGCUGUUUACGGUGAUUGGCUCAACUCUCAAGUCGUUUACGACGGGGUUCAUCUGACGAAUAUGCACUUCGGUGGUCAAAAUCCUCGCAUCUCCAACGUGUUCUUCACCAAUGGUGGUUUGGAUCCCGUCAGAGACGUUUCAAUCACCGAAUACUACCUGGCCGGUUCUGGUGCCACGGUCAUCCCAGGAUACUUUGGCAGCGAAGAUCUUCACUCGAUCAGCGGAUACAACUCACCUGAAAUGCUCGAAGCUAAGCAUACCGUACAUGCGUUCAUUGAAAGCUGGCUGUGGGAACCAAUUGUACCAAUAUAAAGAAUUUAAAUAAAACAUGUUGUAUUUUUCGUUAAGUGUGAAAUACAAAACAUUUAAAAGUA